GCAGGUUUCAUUUCUAGCAUAACCAGAUAAAUAUUAGAGAGAUAAAGAUUUAGGAAGACAAAAAGCUUGGUGUCUACUCACAGUACCAUCUACAGCAGAAGCCCUGAAUUUUUCUAUCCCCUAACAGGAAUCUGUGAUUGGUUAAAGCUCUGUUGCACAAAAUGCGUUUCGCCAUCAUCUUCUUUCUUCUCUUUGUCAUUUCUGUUGGAAAUGCUCUGCGCUGUAUGAGACAAGCCAAGAAAAUGAGCGCCCCGCAGGAAUGUUCAAAGGCUGAAACCAAUUGUUUAACACAUGUAAUGAAAAAUGAUGUCUUAAAGUAUUGUGCCAAAAGUUCAGAGUGCACAUCCACUAAGGUGUUGGCUCUGCCUGCGGAGAAGGUUACGUGCUGCGACAAGGACAUGUGCAACGCCUGAGAUGAAUCUUCCAAGUGCAGUGCCAGGAUUUCCACUUGGUUUUUCUUAAACAUUGACCCCACCUACAUCUUUUUCUUUCAUUGUCCUCCUCUAUAGAUACUCUUUAGUCCCUUAAUGUCCAUUCAAUAAACAACUUUGCAAGAUA